AUGCCAUUAUUUUUAAAUGCUGUCAUUCUCUUGUUUCGUUCCCUUGGUAAUAUUUACGCCCGACGUGUGCCGCAAGGGGGCAGUACGUUGCCUUUCCAGUCGCAUAUACCAAUGGUGAAAUCUAUCUAUCUAUCUAUCUAUCUAUCUAUCUAUCUAUCUAUCUAUCUAUCUAUCUAUCUUACAAUCUUACAAUCUUGCAUAUUUAUAAAAUCAAUUGCUGUUUGUGAUGUUAGCUACUGUUGCGUAUCUGUACACGUAAUAUUUAUGAGUUCUCUUUCUUUCUUUCUUUCUUUGAUCACCUUUCUUUAUCGAAAUGUUCCUAACGUUUUUAAUUGCUUCUUUCUUUCUUUCUUUCUUUCUUUCUUUCUUGCCAAUUCCCCCUAUCCGUAUAUCUAUCUCAGGCCGGUGCCGAUAUCUAUCUACCUAUCUAUCAAUCUAUCUGUCUGUCUGUCUGUUAUUCAUAUCUAUCUAUCUAUCUAUCUAUCUAUCUAUCUAUCUGAGCCUAUUCAUAUCUAUCUAUCUAUCUAUCUAUCUAUCUAUCAGAGCCUAUUCAUAUCUAUCUAUCUAUUAGAGCCUAUUCAGAUCUAUCUAUCUAUCUAUCUAUCUAUCUAUCUAUCUAUCUAUCUAUCUAUUAGAGCCUAUUCAUAUCUAUCUAUCUAUCUAUCUAUCUAUCUAUCCAUCUAUCUAUCUAUCUAUCAGAGCCUGUUCAUAUCUAUCUAUCUAUCUAUCAGAGCCUAUUCAGAUCUAUCUAUCCAUCUAUCUAUCUAUCUAUCUAUCUAUCUAUUAGAGCCUAUUCAUAUCUAUCUAUCUAUCUAUCUAUCUAUCUAUCUAUCUAUCUAUCUAUCUAUCUAUCUAUCUAUCAGAGCCUGUUCAUAUCUAUCUAUCUAUCUAUCUAUCUAUCUAUCUAUCUAUCAGAGCCUAUUCAUAUCUAUCUAUCUAUCUAUCUAUCUAUCUAUCUAUCUAUCUAUCUAUAUAUCUAUCUAUCUAUCUAUUAGAGCCUAUUCAUAUCUAUCUAUCUAUCUAUCUAUCUAUCUAUCUAUCUAUCUAUCUAAUAGAAAUAUCAUUUUCAAAUAUGCUAUAUUUAUGGGUAGCAUUUCUCAUGUAAAAGGAGAGGCCUUCCCCACCUCUCUUUUUUCUCUUUUUUUUUUUCUACGGCUUUUCUUUCCCUUUUCGUGCGUUGGUUCGUUCCGUUUUAUGGAGCCAAUUUUUUUUUUCCUGAUCCCAUUUUUAGGGGCUCCCAAGUUUCCGAAGAAAACUGAUGUCGCUAAUGUGUGUCUCUAG